GCUGUCAGCGGCCCCGGUGUCCCCGCUGUCUGUCCCCGCUGUGUGUCCCCUGUAUCGCGACUGUCGCGGCCAUGUCGGGGCUGCUGCCCGCGCUGGUGGCGGCGUCGCAGAAGGCGGCGGAGGUGGCGCGGCUGUGCCGGGCGGAGGAGCCGCUGUUCCGGCUGCUGGUGGCCGAGAAGACGGGACCCGACAGGAACGCCAGGUUCCUGCAGGACUUCAAGACGCUGGCGGAUGUCCUGAUCCAGGAGGUCAUCAAGCACGACCUGGGGACACAGUUCCCCGAGCUCCGGGGGCACAUCCAUGGGGAGGAGUCCAACGAGUUCAGGGAUGUGCAGGGUGGCACGGUGACAGUGCGGGUCUGUGCCACCCCGGGGGACACGGUGGCCCUGCUGCUGGCCGUGCUGGGCCCCAAGCAGACGAAGGCAGCCGAGCUGCUGGCAGAGACCGUGCACCGGGAGGUGACACUUGGGGACACGGAGCUGGCUGGCAUCGACCCUGGAGUGUCCCCGGGGGACGUGGGAAUCUGGAUAGACCCCAUUGACUCCACCAACGAGUUCAUCGGGGGGCGCGAGGACGUGGCCGCCAUCGACGGCAUCGCUCCCGGGGGGCUGCGCUCGGCCCUGGUGCUCGUGGGGGCCUUCGACCGCAGCACCGGGAUCCCCGUGCUGGGGGUCAUCAACGAGCCCUUCUUCCGACGGGACCCCCAGACCCACAGGUGGCAGGGUCGCUAUCACUGGGGGGUGGCACACGGCGACACCCGGCUGUGCUCACUGUCCCCUCCCGCUCCCCGGCCGUGUCCCCGCGUGGUGCUGAGCCGGGCCGAGGGGGCGGCGGUGCGGGGGGCUCUGGGCUCUUUGGGUGGGGGUCCCCCGCUCUUCGCUGCCGGGGCUGGCUACAAACUGCUCUGCGUGGCUCUGGGGCUGGCGGACGCCUUCGUGCUGUCGCAGGCCACCACCUUCGCCUGGGACUCGUGUGCCCCCCACGCCAUCCUGCGAGCCCUGGGGGGGGGCGUGGUGGCCUUGGAGGGGGCUCUGCGGGCACAGCGAGAGGGGGGCACCGAGGAGCCCCCCGAGCUCGUUUAUCACCGGCCACAGCCGGGGCGAGCGGGGCCCGAGCGCUGGGCGAACAGGGGCGGGCUCGUGGCUUUCGUGCACCCCCAGCACCUGCGGGCGGUGCUGGCCGCGCUGGGCGAGCUGUGA